AUGCUUCUUGGAAUUUUGCCUGUCAAUCGCUUUAUUUGCCGUGAAGAUACAAGCUCUUCAGAUACUUUGGUCAAAGACAUCACCGGCUCCCCUCCCGUCGCUGCGGUCGGUCUUCCUUCUCCUCGUUGCGGUCGAUCUUCCUUCUCCUCGCCGCCGUUGCCACUGCUUCUUCCACCCUCGCCGGCGUCAGACCUUCUUUCUCCUUGCGAACAUCCUUUUCUUCCUUCCCGUCGCUGGCAUCCUGAACUUGUUUGCAAAGCAACAAAUCUUGUGAGCCUCCAAGCCCGCCUCAGCAGGUUCCAUCAUCACCUCAAGGAGAUUCUCAGCCAUAAGAGGGCUGCCAUACAUGAAGCCAUGGAAAAACAAACAAUAUCCAUAACUAAAGCAGGAAUAACAACAAUUCUGAAUUCCAGGACUUCUGUAUUAGCUACAACAAACCCUCCAUCAGGUCGUUAUGAUGAUCUCAAAACUGCACAAGAUAACAUUGACUUACAAACUACAAUUCUUUCAAGAUUUGACCUCAUCUUCAUUGUCGAAGAUAUAAACAUGUUCAGCCAAGACAAGAUUCUUCUUGUUGUUGGAGCUGAAGCUACUGCUCAAGACACGCAACAUAGAGGUACAACUCUACAUAUUGCUGCUAUGACUAAUGAUUUGGAGUUAGUUAAAAUUAUUCCUUAUGUUGGAGUUGAUGUGAACAUAAGGAAUGUGCAAAAAACCAUUCCUUUGCAUGUGGCAGUGGCAAGAGGAUCAAAAUCAUGUGUUGGAAUGCUUCUUUCUACAGGUGGUCUGAACUACCCACCCCACCCCUACCCCCUACCCACCCCCACCCCACCCUCUCCUGUAGAUACAAACUCCAGUGUUACACAUCUCUCAAGUGGUGAAUCAGAAUUGGAGUCUUCAGAUGAGGAAAAUGUUGGAGGUAAGAGAAAGCAUAUAAAAUGGGAAUCCAUAGUGGGUCCCGCUGUUGACAAAGAUGUAGCACAUGAAGUUGUUGGAUUGAGAGCUACAACCUUAGGUCACUCUCUCUGGGAAUCAGCAACCUGUACGCACAGAAAUUACAGAGGCUGCAAUGGAAAGGGUUCAGAAAAACUGUCACUUCUGAUUACAGAAGCAUAUAGAGAUGCCCAUCAAAAGAGUGUCCAGGCCAUGAAAGCACGAAUGGGCGAUCUUGCACAGAGCUUAGGAAUACCCCAAGCAUCAUCUCCAGAUAAGAAGUUUCCUCAAUCUGAUUUUUCUCCUUACCAGAACAACAAAUUUGAGUGGAAUCCAACUGGAUCAGGUAUUAUGUGGGGACUUUAUGAGUUUCAUGUAUUCUUGCACCCAUACCCACAUGUUACCUUGCUAGUGAUUGCAACUACUCAAGUUUACAAGUCAAUUGCAUGA